AUGCAGCCUCUCGAUCCAAUAACCCUGGCAAUAAUUGCUGUGGUGGUAGCCGUUGUACUCUCUGCACUUCUGUUACUUCUCUUUACAUCCCGUGAGGAGAAAUUUGAAGAUGUUCUAGCAGCCCAGCGUUCUGAACAAGAGGCGUAUCUUGUACGUUCUGCUGCUGUAAAAUCCGCCAAACCUCGCAAGAAGUUCAGCAAGGGAAAGAAGAAAUACUCAGACGAUGGGGAAGUCAUGGAUGAAGUUUCAGAGCCUUUGGUCGAAGAAACGAUCGAGACAAGCCAUGUCGAGGAAGACGAGUCGGGUUUUUCUCCAUCCGGAAAAUAUUUUAUGGAAGCUGACCCACCGGAUGACGAGAAGGUACCCUUAGCGGAAGAAAAACCGAGCACUGGGAUUGUGAAAGAGCGACCAGGGAAAAAGAAGUCGAAAAAAGCUGCCCUGAAAGAGGAGAAAAGUUCCGUGAGUGAACCCCAUGUAAGUUUCGACAAGCCACGUGAGGAUGUGGAAGAGGUUGUAGCUCAACUCGAUUCCGCUUCAACUUUGGAAAACGAGCCAGGCAAGUUCGAGGAACUCGAAAUCGAAGAGCAGAAACUUCCUGACAGCAAUGAAACAGCGGCUUCAGCUAAGAAGUCGAAGAGUAAACCCAAACCAACCAAAGACAAGGGGUCUAUUCAAGGUCAGUGUGGUGUCGAUUGUAAUAAGUAACCUUAGUGUUAUUUAGACUGUUCACAGUCCCCAUUUUUCGUAGUCGUUCCAAGCGCUUAUUUAGAGUGAAAACUCACUGAGAGCUGUUGAGCGAAGUUUCUUUUCCGGCCUUCAACACAGCAAUGCUGGUCACACAACGGAGAUAUUGUUACGUAAAUUUCAGCAAUUUAUUGAAGCAAUAGUCAGCUGAAUGGUAUGAAUUUAAAUCAAAGUUGUACACUUGAGAGAUGAAAAAGUCAACGUGGCAAUUUGGGAAGGCUGCAGCUAAGACGAACGCUUCUCUGCCCUCUGUUUUGCUUUUUUUUGUUGCAAAAUAGGCGGAGUUUAGCCUGAUCAAAACUAAUAUAUAUUCAGUUGUACACGAGAGCUCGAGGGAAGAAAAAUAGCGUACUUCUCAGCCGAGGAAAUAAAUAGAAUAAAUUAUUUAAUGAAAUGGUGAGGCCUGUGUCGCGAUGUUUUGUUAGUAGUCAAUACCAAGUAUCAUUAAUAAAAGUCUUACAUUUCUUUGUUUUGUUUUUGAGAAUUUGGCUUCUAGUACUAGGCAGAAAUAUUAGUUUCGCAAUCCAUUGGCGAUUUCUCGCCUUUCUUUUGAUUUAGACAAGUUCACCAACGUUAAAGUUGCCAUUAUUUCUUAUACCUGCUAGAGCGAUUUUUUAAAAUCAGUUUUACGAUUGAUGGGUAACUGAACUCUAGACUUCCUUGAUUCAAUGGAAAAUCAUUAUAUGAAUUUAAAAACUUUCGGUUUAAAAUGACCCCGAUUUACACUUUGCUUGGUUUUACUCAUUGGUUGGAAAUAUUGUAAAUAUCAUUCAAACAUACGGUUAUCAUCAAACAUGAAGAGAAAACCUUAGCAAUACGUGUUUUAGUAGAAUAUGACAAAUAACAAAAAAUUUGUAAACAUAAAAAGACGGUAAAGUUCAUAAAUUAUCACAUUUCACAAAAAAUGUAAAAUUUGAUAGUGAACAAGAUUUCCAUAUUUAACUCCAGACAUUAUUUUUAUUUAAGAGGAUUAAAACCUCUUGUGAAUUUUUUAAGUGGUCUUGUUGUUCCAAAUGCAUGUUUGUGCAUCUUUUCAAAAAGUGGGAAGAAAGGUCUACCUACAUAGACCUUACAAAAAAGUCACAGUUUUUGACGCCAUCUUGACGAGUGGGCAAAUGUGUGAGAAAUUACAUUUUUUGUAUGAGAAUCUAAUGUUGAAUAAUAUUCCUGUAGAACGGCCAUUCUGAAAAAAAACAUGACUUGUAAACUAAAGCUACAAAACAAAGGAUUGUACUAAAAAAUUUUUAGGGCGUACCUGUGUUUAAAUUUCUCCAGGGGCUUGCUUUAGAUUUUCCAUAUAUGUGUCUGUAAUUUUUCGUGGGACUUUCUUACAAACAAAUGAAUAGAAAAUUUUAAAAAAGGAGUUCUAGAAAUUCUAGGGCAUGUGAGACGCCCUCAAUUUUUUUCAGUAGAAUCCUUAGGAGUGAAGCUUUAGUUUACAAAUCAUAAUUUUUUUCAGAACAUCCGUUCUAUGGAAAUUAUUCGACAUUAGAUUCUCAUACAAACACAGUAAUUUCUCACGCAUUUGCCUACUUGUCAAGAUGACAUCGAAAACUUUGACAAGGUCUAUUGUAUAACAUCGUAUUAGAUUUUUUAGUGGUAAAGUUUUCGAUUUUUUUGGAGAAGUUGGAAAUAUGUCAUGUGACCAUCAAGUUAUCCCUCUGAUAUAUUUGAUGAUUAAUGAUUUUAAACAGUUUCUUUUGCUUAUUAAUUGAAGGUCUUUUCUUCUGUUGGUUUAUAAGACAACAAUCCAAACUGGGCUGAUAUCCUGAAGAUAUUGAGGAAUGUUUUGUUGCUAAUGAGAUUGUGUGUUGCCUGAAGAAAAUCAUAUUAUGUAACGUUUUGGGAAGCAUUGGAACUUUUGAUGUUUUUUGGGUAUAGUUUUUUUAAUGCAUGUGUUACAAGUACCAGCACAACUUGUUGUUAAAGCAUACAGCUUAAACGUCCUUAGAUUACUCAAGUAGUUAGAUUUAUGUAAAUUUGUUUCCGACUAAAGACAAAUAUUCUUAUAUUGCUCCCUUCCUGCCAAACGACCCCCGUGAAAAAGUUAUUGAGAGAGACCUGCAUAUGUAUGCAUUUUUGUUGAAAAGAAAGGUUUUAAAGCAUAUACCACAAUACUUGUAUAAAUGCCACUGAGUGCUUUCUUUAUGAACUAUUAUAAACUGUACAUCAGGCAGUGUCUUUUUUACUGUGCCAUACAUUGUAGGUUCUCCUUUUUUUCUGGCCAUGAAUAUCACUAUUUUUUUUCAUGAGAAUUAAUAGAACCGUGAAAUAAAUUUAGUCCCUAGUACAGCAAGCAACAUUUUUGCCUUAGUUGAUGUACAUUGGCACUUUUAGAAACGAGAAAGGGAUUGAAACACUGCAGUUGAUUUUAGGAUUGUUACUGGGGAGGAGCCAGUCAGCUAUUGGCAAUUUUUCCCCCUGUCCAUAGUAACAGACCCUGAAGUCUUUGCAAAAGUGAACUUGGUCAAGUUUCCUUCUUAUUUCCAAAGUGGCGAAUUGCAUGGACAGGGUGCAAAGAAAGUUAGUUUUACAGCCUGCCAUUUGGGCAAGCUGUAGCUAGCAUGUACUAGCCCACAACUCAUUUUAACUAGCCCCAAAACCCUUUUUGUUUAGCAGGAUUAAUAACAAUGCUUCUGUAAUUUGAAUUUCCCCAAAAGACAGCAGUCAAGUUAAGAAUAAACAUCACUAGCCCGAUAUUAAAAUCCACUAGCUCCGGGCUAUCGGACACGACUUUCUUUGCACGCUCAUGGAACAUUUUAUCAAACAAUUUCCCAGUCCUUUUGGAAUUUGUUAGAUCACAGGUUCCAUUAUAUGUAAAACAGCUGAAUUUUGAAGACCAUUUUUUGUUUUGUCUGAGCAGGGGAGGUGAGCGCAAAACGUCUCAUGGAACUGGUGACCUCUUCCAACCUGAACUCGUCAGAAAUUCAAGCGAUGAUUGAUGUGCUAUUGAACAAACAAGGGGAGAAUAGUCAGUGGAAAAAGGUAUAAAUGUUCAAGUAUUGAUUUUAACAAUAUAUCUUUUUUCUGUAUUGUAGGCCAAGUCAUAUUGUUCUUUUGAAAAGAAUAUAGCAGAGAAAUGCCCAAAUUUGUUUGGAAAUCUUAAAUGAAAAAAAAAAAAAGUACUGCAAACUAAACAAGUUCUGCUGAGGCAUUCUAUAUGGCUGCCAUUCAAAGCAAAAGUGCUGCCACAAUUGGUUGGGUUGCAUGGUAUGAUGUCAUGGAAGUGGUUUAAUGAUUAAACUAAACUACUCCUGUAACUCAUUCCACGUACCCCAACCCAUUAUUUGUAUGACACUCUUUGAACAGGGAAGGCAAAUUACUGUCUUUUAAGAAAAAAUUCAGGUGAAACAGAGAAUCAACCAUUGUAGGUUAAAAAAAAUUAGCCUGAAUUUAAUUUUAACCUGUAACACAUACACUUUUACCAGCUACAGUCAAACUCCACUAAUACAAACACUGCAUACAUUUGACAAUGAAGUGUAGCGAGGUUUACUUUCUAUGAGAAUCUGUUGAUUGGGCAAGAAACAAGAAGUGUCUGUUGUCCACAUUAAGGCGUGUCUGUAUUAAGCAGGUUGAAUUGAGACAAAAUGUAAGGUCUUUCCCCAGGAACAAAGAAAACUGUAUGUAAUGAUGAGGUGUCUGUAUUAAGUGGGUGUCUGUAAAGCGUGGUUCGACUGUACUGGCAUACUAGGAGUUAAGUUAGGCUUGGUUAAUUUCUGCUGGCAGAAUUUUUAAUAGAAUAAUUAAUUUUUAAGGGGAGUAUUCUGCUGGGCAUUUCUGAGGAGAAUUUGAGCAGGGUAAUGUGAAUAUUAGUGACAUUGUCAUAAUGUGCGGUAUAACGUGUUCGAGAAAAAUUGAAUACUAAAUAAUUAUAUUACAAGAUGUAAGAUCUUAAGAAAACUAAUGUCUAAUAUGAGAGAUACAUGUAUUGUACAAAGUAAGAUGUAAUAAUUAUUUAUCUCAUUAUUAUUAUGUUAUGCAUAGAGCUGUAAAAAUGCAUACAUGUAGGCCCAAAGGGCUGAAAUUCUUUUGGGUACCCACAGUGUAGCAGAAGUCAUUCUGAACAGAUAGAAUUGCAAGCAGAAUAUGAAGCAAUUUUUAUUAACAUUGCUAGCGGAAAGAAUCAUUCCUUAUUUCUCUGGGUAGCAAUUAUCCAAGCCUAAAUUUGGAGAUGGAACCUAUGAAAUUAUUGUAGAGAGUGUCAUUUGUUUUUUUCUUUUCUAGUCUACCUCCAAGGGAGACACUGUUGAGUUGCUCAAAAAACAGCUCCAGGAGAAGGAUAAUCAGAUAUUAGAAGGUAAAUUUAGUAAUGAUGAUGCCCAAGAUAACAACAGAACAACAUAAACUCAAAAAUCCAGCAGAAAUCUCUGGAAUUUGUUUUUCUCAUAUUCUGUAAGUAAGCUUGGCACGGUUCCAUAUUCCAUUAUUCCCGUAAUCUUAACUACAGAUGUUUUUCUAUAAUUCUGUAGUUAUACGCACGGGAUAGAGAAAUAGAUUUGAAUGAUAUUUUGCAGAAGUUCUUUUGCUGGAUGGACUUAGGCCACGGAGCAUUCAUACAAUGAUUUCUUCUUUUUCUUCAUCAUCUUUUUCUUCUUGUUAUUAUUACUAUAUAAACAGCUAUUAAAUGCUAGGUGAGCUUUUGCACAAAAACAUGAUAUCUUCACAUGUGAAAAUAAGAUGUCUUCACCCAUUCAAAGAUCACUGUUGCCAUGGCUGCAUAAGAAAUCACCCUCUUUGCAGAAAAACAACAUUUAAGUGAAAUGGUUUGACUUAAUUCAUUGGUGUUUAUUUAUUAGAAUUAAUAGAACAUUGCAUGACGUAUGCAGUUACCAAAUUUUUCUUUUUGAACUAUUUUUAAAUACUGGAAUUGAAAUUUCAUAUCACUUUGCAGCCAUGUAAUAUCGUCCAAAUUUGCACAUUUCUUGUUAACAAUUUCCUUUUCCUUUAAUAAUUAAAAUGCAAAUGUUUCAAUAAAAGGACCCAUCAAACUAAGUUAAUGUGGGUCUAUAUUUUCUCACAAGUCAGUUAAGACAAAAUAAAUGCUACAGUAGGCUCUUUGCAUGACUUGAUCAUGUGAUCAACUUUCAGUAAACACAAAAACAGUUCACUUUUGAAAAAUUUUGUCAGCACACGCUGAAAGAACCUAUUAAAGUUAGGUAACCUGAGAAUUUUCAGCCGUAUAUCUCAAAAGUAGCGAUUGCAAGGGCCACCGAAAGUUAGAAGCAUUUGUAUGAGGAAAACAACUUUUGCCAUCCAGUCACGCUUGCAUGAUUUCCAUACAAAUCCUUGUAAUUUUGAAAUUUUCAAAACUGUCAUAAAAUAUUUCCCUAAGCAUUACAGGGCCCAAAUCUCCUUUUAAUUCAUAACAGACAAUUUGAGUCCUUAAUUGCGUAAGAAAAAGGUUACACAACAGUUUAAAAGAUUUAGAAUUUACAAGGAUUUGUAUGGAAAACCAUGAAAGCGUGACUGGAUGGCAAAAUUUUUUUUUCUAAUACAAAUCCUUCUAACUUUCAGCGGCAGUUGCAAUCGCUACUUUUGAGAUAUAUGGCUGAAAAUGAUCAGGUUACCUAAUUUUAAUAUGCUCUUUUAGCUCGUGCUAACAAAGUUUUUCAAAAGCGAACUGUUUUCAUGUUUACCGAAAGUUGAUCACGCGAUCAAGUCAUGCAAAAGCCCAUAAGAGUGAGUCAAUAUGUUGAUGCAUCCAGCGUCAAUAUCAACAGUGAAGUUUAUCCAUCAAAGUUUGAUUUAUGAAGAUAUUGAUAGAUGUAAAAAAAAAAAAGGUUUAAAGGCUUGUUUAUAGUGGAAAGUGCACUUAGCUUACCCAGCUAGUUUAUUAGCACUCCACUCAAGUACUUAGAAACAAAUAAUUCAAAUACAACACAACAGGAUUAAAUACCCCAACUGGCAAGAAGAUUAUUGUAAGACUAUUGUUUUCGUUUUAGAACGACAGCAGUCACAAAAUGCCGCCAACAAGCUAAGGGAAUUGAGGUAAUAAGAGUGGUAAUAAUAUUUUAGUACAUGUUACAUGUUGCAGUCAAACAUUCCCUAACCUUCACCUCCCAUACUGUCCAUAUUGGCAGACACCUCCUGUUAUGCACCGUAGGCAGGCACUACUUAGUCAAUGCCCCUGCCACAAACAAAUGUUGUUGGCAGUGGUGUGCAAAUGGAUGCAACUACUCCCAACAAUGUUGGGACCUCCAGUGCAUAGUGGGAAGGAUACAACCCAAAAGACUUUGUAGACCAUUGUGAAAUGCACAUUUGCCGCGCUAAUGGUAUUGGAAGAGCUGUACAAAUGGAUUCAAUGUUGUUGUGCUAUGCUUUGGCGAUCACGGAACAAAAGAAAUGUUGGGAGUUGUUGGCUCAAAAGUUUGACUGGAACAACUCCCAACAAUGUGUAACAGGAUGUGCAAAAGGAUGAAACUUGUAACAUCCAACAAUGUUGGGAGCUGUUGGCCAACAAUGUUGCAUCCAUUUGCGCUGGGCUUAAUGCAGACACAGAUCUCCUAAAUGGAUAAUUUUUGUGGUCUCAAGGGUGUCCACUUAAUAUAAUCAGGAGAUUAAACCGAUGAUAUGUGGUAAACUGUUUCAAGUUAUUCAUAGCAGCAUUGUCAUACGGGAACUGAAGAGGAAUUAUUCCCCUUUUUUGCAAGCAUCUUAAAGAUCUUCUUUGAGAGGCUUUUUUAUACCCAAAGUGCCUCCAGAGUACAUCUUCAACCACAUAAUCCCCUUUUUGUCAAUUUUUUUUUGCAUCUGUGUCUAAUCUGUUUCUUAGGGUUCAUGUGAGUGGGUUCGUGUGUACCUUGAACAUAUAUAUGAACUGCAUUCUGCUGCAACUCUUAUUUGAAUUCUGAUACCUUUUUUGCAGGGAUGAGCUUCAGCAGGAAAAACAGAAGCAAAAGCAUCAACAAACCAAUGCGUCUAACAAAAUCACUGCCCAGGUAAGGCAGCCAUCUGUACAUCCUGAUGUAAAAAAUCAACAAACCAAAGGGUGCAAAGAAAACCAGUUUUACAGCUUGCUGUUCAUGAAUUCCCCAAAAAACAUCACUUGUCCCCUCUGGCAAGUUACGAACAGAAAUCACUAGCCUGAUAGCAAAAUCUACUAGCCCUGGGCUAUUGGACACUACUUUCUUUGCAUGCUGAACCUGAUUGCAACAGUAUGAAUGGAAUGUAAUGUAAUGUCAUGGCUUAGAGGACAACAAGUCAUGCCCUCUUUACAUAUAUUAACAUGUUAACUGUUUUAAAGAACCUCUAUAAAAACCUUUAACAAAGUCCUUGGUAUAAUGAACAAUAUUCUUUUCUUCAGUAAUAGUAAAUCGUGUAGGUGCGUGUGGCCAAGCGGUUAACACCUGGAGGUCCAGGCUUCAAGCCUUGCCCGUUGCGUUGAUUCCUUAGACGAGGCGCAAGUUGUUCAAAAAGGUGGAUAGCACAAUCCACCUGAGAAAUCGCUCUCCACUGUUAAUACAAAUUGCUUUUCCAAAUACUUGUACACUACAUAGUGAUUUAUCUGUUGGAUAGAGCUAUCCAUCUUUUGAGCAACUGGGGCCAGGUGUUUUACUCCACUUUGUCUCUCUUCACCCAUGUGUAUAAGAAGGUACUGGCGACAUACUUAUAAGGGGUAACCCUGUGAUGGACUAGCAUCCCGUCCAGCGGGGAGGGUAGCAAUACUCCUAGGCAUGCUUCAUGCUAAGGAAACAGUGUUAAGUUCCGGCCUUUCAGGCCUUUGGCUUGUGUGCGCCUUUACCUUAGCUUUUAUCUGGUAAUGGUAAAAUUAAUGAAAUUAAAGGACCUCGAUAUAACAAAACCUCAUUAUAGUGAACACAUUUUGCCCUUCCCUUGGCCCUUUGUUAAAAAGAGGUUUCACUGUAAAAAAAAAUUAAUUUCAUUUUCUGCAGGGUAAGGAAAUCCAAGCUCUCCAUGCACGUAUUCAAGCUUCUCAUGAAAAUCAUGCCAUAGAGUUAAAGAACAUGCAGUCUCAGAUGAGACAGCUGCAAGAAAUGGUUACAUCGAGUUCCAUGGGUAAUCUGCAACGCCUACAGGAGGUAAAUUGGUACUGUAACUACUAUCUUGUAUGAGAUUUACAUAAAAUAUACUGUAUUUACUUGAAUAAGCGCUAUUAAAAUUUUCAUGCCUCAAGUGUGGCGCUUAUUCAAGGGUGGCGUAUAUUUGAAAGUUGAUGAGAUAAAGAGUUGUAUUAACUACAGUGUUGAUAUUUUCCCGAUUAAACUAACAGAAUUAACAUCUUUUCUUUUGAUUUUGAUUAUAUUGGGGCAGCGGUGCAUAUUCAAGGGCAGUACUUGUUAACUUCUUUCUCCCAAAUGCAGCCUUAAUUCAAGGGCUGCCCUUAGUCAGGGGUGAUGCCUAUUCAAGUAAAUACAGUUAUUAAACAAGUUUUAUCUUCACAUACAUGUAGAUGUGUUGUGGUUCAAUUUUUGUUUUGUUUUUCUUUGAUUUGUUUUGGUAUGCGAUAGAAACUCAUUAUUGCAUUUUUGACCAAGUGUGAGGUCAAGAUGGCCAAAUAUUAAUUAUUGUUGUAGCUGUUUUUUGUCAAUAUCGAACCAUCUUGUCCAAACAAGCCUGGUCAAUAAAGAAUUUUCCAUAGAUUCUAAAGAAAAUGUUUCCUUGGGAGUUGGGGGGACAACCCUACUGCACUGUACAUGUGGGUCCACUGCAAUCGAGGAGACGUAAACCAUACAGUCGAAUAUAACACACUUUUAAUCACAGCUUAAAGUGUGGCACUUAUUUUAUUUCUUUCUCAAAUGAGUGGAGUGCUCAUGAACUUUGUUUCUUUCAUUUUGUUCAGGAGAAUGCACAGUUAAAGAAUGCAUCUAUGAGAGCAGCACAACUGUAAGUUUCUAUUGUGAUUUUUACAUUUUUAUGGUCUUGAUUAUAGUAGGUUUGUUGGAUCAUUAUACUUUUCUGGGAAACUGCCCACCUACCCCUCCCCUAAGCCAACAUUAACACUUACUUCUCACUUAGGGCAAAAAUUAUGUUGGCUUAGGGGAGGGGUAGGUGGGCAGUUUCCCAGAAACGUGUAAUGAUCUGGUCUGUUGUAGGUAAAGUUGGUUGUCAGUUGUGUACGUGUUCCGUAGCCAUCAUUUCACAAGAAAACCAGUGGUUGCGUGGCGAAAUGUGGACAUGUCUACUCAGGCUGGUAUAGACAGUUAAAAUGGUGACAAAUGCCACAAAGAUGUGUUUAAAUUGCAACACCAAAGUAGAAAAGUGCAAUAGUAAUGAAUUAGUAAAAUACAAACAGGGAUAUGGCUUUCCCCUCAAAACCCCAAAAGAUGGGUUUUGAAAUCCCAACAAGGAACAUGUGCCCCCCUCUCCCCCUUAACAGGGCCUCUAGAAUAGGUCCAUCUCUCUAGUGCUUUGUGUGUGAAGUCAGUGCAUUUGUUCUCUCAACAGCACUGCAGAUAAAGAAUCGCUCACAACAGAACUGACCAAGCUGCAACAGUCAUAUCGCCAUGUCAAAGGAGAUCUGGCAGGCAAAAUGGAGCAACUUGCGCAGACUGAAGCAAAUCGUAAAUCUGCUGAGGAGAAAAUCAGACAGAUGAGCGUUCAUCAGAACAGUGCUGUAAGAAAAUGCUUUAACCCUUUAUGUCCCAAGAAUGACCAACUUCAAUUUUCUCCCAACAGUUUAAGUUAAAAAUCAAGAAAAAAGGUUUUAAGAAUUGAUGAAAUGGUAGCCAAAAGGGAAAAGCUUUAAUCUUUUAUCAAGAUCUCUUUACAAAAUCUUGAAGGAAAUGUAUAGAAAAGGGUCUUUGGAAUUUUUAUGUGGAUAUCGGAUCAUAAAGAGUUAAGUUACUCAGUUACUAAUAUGCUUCGUAAAGUUUAUUUGACACUAGAGUCUUUUAUUUGCUCAAUAGAAUCCACACAGUGUCCUCAAUUUUUCUUUCCUCUGUUUUUACAUACCAAAAACAUGACAUUGCACUUCCAGUGCAACACACAACUGAAAACAGGAAACUGGGAACAACUGUGAGGUCACCUCAGGACAUUAAGAUUUUCAGCAACCAAAUAUCCCAGUUGUUUCUUGCUUUUUCAGCAGAAGCCGGUGCUUUGAACUGUAUUAGUCUUUUUUUGCCGAUUUUUUGGUGCCAUCCAUUCUCUAGUUACCAGUAUAAAAAUGGGUACCCUCAUGAUAAAAGGUUAGUGAGUUCCUUUGAUUUCAAUUUUUUUUGUAGAAAGAGGCUGAGAAUGCACUCUCAAAAAGACUGUCUGAAGUGAAUGAGGAACUGAACAAGUCCCAAGCAAGGAAUUCUUCAUUGCAACAAGAUCUCAGUGGUACAAAACAGUUGCUUAAAGCUGAAGAAGCUAAAUCAGCAGAGCUGAGUGAACGCAUGAAAGGACUGACAGCAACGGACUCAAGUUUGAAUUCUUUGACUGCUAAACUUCAAGAGGCAACUGCCAGAGUUUCUGAGUUGGAAAAUACAUUAAAUGGUUUUGAAAAUCAGUUGAAGGACUCACAAGAGAUGCAGAUGCAGAAGGAUCAGGAGAUACAGGCAAGUUGAUCUUUGUCGUACAUACAUCAGCUACCGUAAAUUAAUGAUCUAAUUGAUGUCCCGUCUAAAGUAAAUGCCUCUUGUCUUGUCUCUUACGAUGUUAAUUCUUAUUGUUAUAAACUGAAUCAUUGGAUACUGCAAUUCUAGAGCUCUGAUUGGCUUAGCCAUCAUGGUACAUGAGCUAUUAUACUAUGCUCUCCAAAUAUGGUAACUGUACGCAUCUGCUCAAAAUUAAAAACAAGCUGAAAAUUGGUUGUUGUUAAUAUAGUUGGGAAGAAUUCUCGAUAUUUUGUGGGUGUUUUUAAUAAAACAAUAAUUAUUAUUCCACUCACGCUAAAAUGUUGGACAUGAGAUGAUUAUAGCCAACUCAGCACUACGCACCUCAUUGGCUUUCUAAAAUCUCAUAUUCAAAUUAUGUGCACUCAUGAAAUAAUAAUGUUAAUUAGACAGUGCUCUUGUAUAUACACCCACUGUCUAAUGCCCUGCCCCCCAGGCCUUGACAACAUUAUUUUAUUACUCCAUGAUACUAGAAAAUAGCCAAAGAAGCCAAAUUAUUCAAUUUGGUUAGUUUCUUGCUUGAUUAACAAGGCUUGGCAUAUUCCAUCUAGGUCAAUGUCAAGGUCAAAGUAAGGUCGGACUAACAAUGACAACACAGUGACUAUGAACUAGGAUUCUGACAUGGAUGUUGAGAUUUUAAAAAGCGCCAUAUGGAUAUCUCAAUGGCCUAGAAGUGUUGAUGGAUUAGCUGGAUAUAUCUGCUUUUUAUAAACUCUCUUGAUGUUUUUGCAAAGCAUGUUAGUUUGGUCGAGUUUGUUAAAGUGCUGAGAAGAAACGCCUUCUAUGUAAUGCCUAUCUUGGAUCCCUGAAAUGGAACGAAUGCCCCACGUCUAUUUAAACAUUAAUUUAUGGUAUCUGCCAAUAGAAAUCCUGAGUUCACUGGAUAUGUUUUGGAAAUACAUGUAACUAUUAUUGUUUAUGCUCUUUUACUGUAUUCUAAUUAGGCUCUUCAAGAGGAACUUAAAUUGGCUAAGGAACAGGUUCAAACAUCUGUUGCUAAUCAUGUAAACAGUACACCACCUGCUGAAGUAAGUUAACUACAGUGUAUGGUACGUAAACAACUAUUAUUUGAAGAUUUGUACAUUGUAUUAGAUUUUUAUGGCAAUUUAUUGUGUCAUGUUUUAGAAUGGUAAAGAACCUGAAGUUUCCAGCAAGGUCCAGGAAGAUGCGUAAGUACCAUACUGCAAGAAGAAAGUCCCCUCUUGAUGCCUGGUAAAAGUAGAUUUUCUUGCUGGGCUAGUAAUUUUUUACCCUUGCUUACCCAAUGGGCAAGUCAUCUUGUUAACUAUACAUGUAAAUCUGCACAUUCACUUUGACAAUGCAGUAAAAGACCCAGGCAAGCAAAAUGUGAAAGCUGCUUGCCAUUAAGGACAAGCUGGAAUUCAAGUUUUUUUUUAUUUUUCGAGUCUUGAAGAAUUUAUGGUAACUGUCCAUGAUUGUUUUAGCCAGUGAUUUUGCAUCUAUCUGUUUUAUUGUGAUUUCCAUAACAGCAAGGUCUCGGCAAGGCAAGAGCAGUGAUUGUAACAGCUUGUUGUGGUGGUCUCUCUGAAAUACAGGUUGAAAGUUAAGGAAGAUGUUAUAGCUGAGUUGCAUGGAAAUGUUCUAAAGAAAGAUGAGGAAAUUGCUAGUCUUAAGAGCCUCUUGGAUGAGCAGAAGAACAAAAACAAUGUGAGUAAACUUUAUCUUAUGCUACAUCAUAUUCCCCCUCUCUGAACAUAAAUUUAACCUUGACAACCCCGAGUGUAGCAUCCACCCAUGCACCGUCACACUGCUAACCAGUGGAACCUAACAUACUCACCAUAGGGAGGGGGGGCAGGGGUGAGGGAGCAGAAAACACUCUAUGCAAGCACAAGCCAUGAAAGGCAAGGAGAUGAUAACACAUUAUAUAGUGGCCUGACCUCAAGAAAAAGGCUGUAAAAAUACAAGAGCCCCUGGAUAUAUGUCCACCUUGUUUAUACAUUGUUGCCAGAGAAGACUUGUUAUGAAAGCCACUGAAAAGGUAAAAGCAAGGUGCUGCUGCAGUUUAUGUUGGGUGACUGCUCCCUGACUGCACAAUCUCCUGUUUUCUACAGAUAGAGACCGGAGAAAACAGCCAACAAUUCACGACUCAACCAUUGGUUUCCCCACAAAAUGAUGUCUGAGAAAUGACAAUAGAAAUUCCACACUGACAAUGCACCACCACCCAGAUCCGGUUAGUGCCUCUGAUUGGUUGAAAAAUUGCUUCAUCCAAUCAGAAGCACUACCCAGAUCUGGGUAGUGACAUGUCAUCAGUAUGGAAUUCCUGUGGUUGUUUCUCAGACAUCAUUUCAAAGGGAACCAGUGGUGGUGUCAGGAAGUGUGGUCUGUUUCUCAGGCUAUACAUACACACUCAGACUGAAUGAAUCAAUACAAUAAUGUUUCUGCCGGUCAGUUAGUGUAACAUGGAUGGAAUGUGAUAGAGUGUGUUGUGCACAGUCAAGGUCUAAAAGAGCUAACAGAAACAUGUGGCAAAGAAGUCCUUUAUGCUUCAUAACCAUUACUCUCUAGAAAAUUAAUGACAGUGUCAGAUUCUUUGGGCCUUGGGUGCCUGAUCAUGUUAACACUGUUUUAUGGCAUUAUAUUUAUUUAUGGCAGACUGCUGUAAUUUUAAAGUAAGAUGCACUUUGAUGUUUUAAGCUUUUUUUUUUUCAGUAACAAGCAGUUUUUUUUUUAUUUUUUGAUAUUUACUGCGGCUCAUGCAGCACCAAAUCUGCUUUCUAAGACUAACUAAUCUUAUUUUUUUUAACUAAUGCUUGCUAAUCUGUAAAUGUCUUUCUGUGCCACUGUGAUUCUUCUUUGAUCGCUAUGUAGUGUUUCCUUUACCUGCUUAUCAUUUGCUUAUGUUAAAAAAACAGUAACACAAAUAUAAGAAUCCAGGGCAUUGGUUAAAAAAAUAAUAAAGAGAAAUUAUUCAGUAAUUAUUUAUAGUUGGACCUGGAUUGCAUUUUAAGAUACACUUGCACCAAAACAUGGCUAUUCUGCCCAAAAGUUUCUAUCAGUUGGCCGUAAGGGAUUUCAUUCACACGAAAUAAAAAUAAAGGCAAACGCCCACUUCACAAGAAACAGCACCAUGUCAAGCUGUUAAAAUAAAUGAGCUCAAUUUUAAAGACACUAUAAGCUUUGCAGCUUGCACAACUUGUCAAAAGCAUUAGUAUUAUAACUCAAAAGAAAGAAACGGAAUUUCCAAGCUGGAAUGAUAAAUACAUCGUUCCAUUGUUGUGCUCAGAAUUUUGGUUUCUAAACGUUGUUUAAGGCUUUAUUACAUUAUAGUAUUCUUUUGUAACUCAGGAACUUCGUCAGAAGAACUGGAAGGCUAUGGAAGCCUUAUCUGAAGCCGAGAAAUCUGCUCAGGUUCAAAUUACUAAGGCUCUUGAGGCAGCCAAGGUAGAAAGAACCUUCUGCCAGUAACUCUUGACUAACUCCUUUCCUUCAUUCGUGGCAUGUAAUGAUUAUCUAUUUAUCCAGUCAUUAAAUAGACAAUGUGUUAACCCUCUCCUUUUAAUUUCUAUCAGUAUCUAUUCUAAAUUACUUUCUUUUUCUUUAAAAUUGUUGUAUUCCUGAAUGCUGACUGUAUGAAAGAACCUCCUUUAACUUUGUGCAACAUAGUCGGAUUUUUGUUAGUAUAAUCUGUAAAGCAAUCCAAACUAAUCCUGGAUUGCUAGAGCAGUAAAUAAUUCUUAAAAGCACACUCUAGAAGAAUUCUCUUCUUAGGACACAGUAUGAAAUACUUUCAUAGGUUCAUGUUAGAAAUGAAAUUAGUUUGAUUGGCAUCAACUUUUUGUGUCAUCAUUUACCUACAGGUUGCAAAUGAUAGCAUGGCUAAUGGACAAACUGCCUUGUAAGUUGUAGGUCAAUAUGUUGUUACUGGCAUGGCUAAACUUUUGUUUAACCCCUGGCUACAAGCCAAGGAGGGUAGAAAGCGAAGGCUUAUUCAAAAUUAACCCUAUAGAAAUCACCAAUUACAUGUAAGGUUUCCUUUGUUAGUUAUGAGAUAAUUGUUUUUGUUUUUUUUUGUACAGAAAAGUGUUUAAGAAAAUUUGUACCAUUAUUGUGUAUAUGUUUUCUGAUUGGAUGAGAACACAUCAGGUACCACUUGUCAAAACUAAAGAUCUUCCUGGGAUGUAUAAAAUUCAGUCACAUGUGAUUGGGCCGAGACCUUCAAACUGCAGGAAAUAUUUGACCAGUCAGAGGAGCGGCUCAGGCAUAAUGACUGGCCCCAUUGGAAACAGUGUGGGUCUUGGGGGCAAAAAAUCUGUUUUUUCGGCCAGUCAAUAAGUGAUAAGUGAUGUGUGCAUAAGUAAUCGCAGAUAAUUUUAGAUAACUCCAAUACUUAAUUCUAAAAUUUGUGCUGUUAAGUUAAAAUUCUCCCAAAUACUGCUAAAAUAAAUGUAAUGGGACAAGAGGGAAGAAUUUAAAUUUUUUUUUUUUUUGAUAAGGUUUACAAGUUGCUAAGGGAUUUAAAACCUAUUUUUUAAGGGUGGUUAAAUUUUCAGAAUAAAGAAAAAGAUUGGAAAAAUAUCAAGCAGAUGAAGGAAAAAGGAGGAGUUUGAUAAAUUAGAGAACCUAGAAAGUACAAUGUUAGCAGAUUUAAAAUUAUUACUGGUACUUGCCUUUAUGCCAAAAUUUUAGUGUUCUUUAAUGUGCUGUCAUGCUAGGUCAAAAGAUGGUUUCAACCUUGUUUCGAUUCCUUAAAUUUUCAGAAUAAAGGAAAAAGAUGACUCGAUAGAAAAACUUCAAGCAGAUCUGAAGGAAAAAAAGGAGGAGUUUGAUAAAUUAGAGAAGGUUGUUCAACAACAAAAGGAGAAGAAUAAUGUAAGCAAUGUUAGCAGUAAAAUUAUUACUGGUACUACUGCCUUUAUGCCAAAAUUCUUAGUGUUCUUUAAUGUGCAUAAUGGGAAAUGCUUGUGUUUUCUAACAUAAAAAUAAAAGAGUGCUGUAGGGCAAAAUUAGGUAAAGAUGGUUUCAACCUUGUUCUAUCCGCAAGCCUUGCCUCCAAGCCUAAGUAAUUCAUGAGUAUGAGGAGGGUAGUCAAUUUCCUUUGUCUUCUAACCUUAAAAUCAUCAUAAUCAUGAAUAUUAAGGAGAUGUAGGAAAUUUAGAAUCAAACUCGGCUGAAGCCAUUAGAACCUGAAUUUGAUUUUCAGCUCUAAUCUUUACAGUCAAACCAGGUCAAGCGUUCCCGUUGCUAACGAACUAAUGAAUUCAUUCGCGGAAAAAUGAUUUCGUUUGUUGAUUCAAUAAUCCAUUCAUAAAAUGAACAAUCCAAUAGUCAUAUUUAGCCUCGAUUCCAUAAUCGAAUGUUGAUUCAAUUACUGUUUUUUGAAAAAUUACACUUUCCACAAGUUGACCUCAGAAUUUUGUUUUUUCCUCUUUUUUUUCUGAGAGUCGAGUGCUGGCGAGUUCUGAAGUUCAAACCGAAACAAACUGUUACAUGUACGCCAGUUUGCUGCCAAUAAUCAGUGCAACAGACCUAGGCCUGACCUCUUAGAAAACACGACGGUCAAACUGAGGUCAGUGUAUGUGCGGUGAUUGCUGGAUUUCGAUCCUCGGCCUUUGUCAGUUUCUUUGCGUUUGUGGUCUGUCUAUUCUAGCUGUUAUUUUGAUUAAAGGCAAUGAAAAACGCAAUCGUAAACGGCAGGAAAAGGGAAGCAAAUACGAUUGAACACAACAGACAAGAAUAAAGAACAGGUAGAUUUUGUUCAUAAACCAAAUCAACAUUUGAUUAUUGAAUCGAGGUAAAAUUUGACCGUUGGAUUAUUCAUUUUAUGAAUGGAUUAUUGAAUCAACAAACGAAAUCAUUUUUCCAUUAAUGAAUUCAUUAGUUUGUUAGCGACGGGAACGCUUGACCUGGUUUGACUGUAAUAUAGCCAGAAAACUCCUGAAAUUUUAAAAGUUUCUCCUUGGGUCCUAGAAAACUUGUUUAAAAUUCUCUCUUUGUCUACAUAUUACAAUAUAAAUAUUGGAAUGUUCCUGAGAUGAAUGUGGUGUGGGACACACUCGUGGAAGAAUACAGGAAGUCAAGUUUUUUUUGCAUAAGUUAAAUGUCUGUAGUCAAGGAAAUGUAAAUGAGGCUCGAUUCACCAGAAUUUUCGUGUUAUUUUGUACCCUUGAAAUCUCCUGGAGUUUUCAUUAUCCCAUUGUAGGACAAAGCCUGUAAUCUGAGUGAAGAAUUUAGUGAUGUUUUAUUGGAUUGAUAAUUCCUGUAAUAAGCAAAUGUGAAUUUGUGAUCUCUUCAUUUUGUGUGGCUCAGGAAUUGCGGGAGAAGAACUGGAAGGCAAUGGAUGCAUUAUCAGAAAUGGAGAAAAAUGUCAACAACAAAGUGAAGACUGCUGUGCAGAAAAUCAAGGUAGAAAAAUACUUACACUCAUCCAGAAUGCUUUAUAAUAAAUUGUCUCUCAAAUAUGUAUGGUACCUAGCCUCAUGCUUCAAAAAAGUGAUACUGCAACCAGAUGCAAAAAUGUCAAGACACUCCAAUAAUUAUUGAAAACUAGUCACACGUCUAUGAGAUAUAUCACUUACCACCUCCCUCUCCUCAAUUCAAAGUUGUUUCUGCAAGUUUUGAGCAUGGUCUUGUGUUGCUAGCAACUUUGACAGGGAAGAGGGGGAAUGACAAGGACAAGACCUUAGAAGGGCUAUAGAUGCCCCAAUAAGGUACCAACAGUUUCUCAAGUAUUUUUGCUACUGGUUGUAGCUCCUAUUCCAGUGUAAAAGUGCUUCCUUUAAAGCAGGUGAAUUUUCCCUUUAACUAAAUUUAAUCCCUGCUGUUAUUAAGGUACUUAAAUUUACACAUCGUAAGUGAGCGUUGUUGAUAUCUGCACCAAAAAUGUUAGGUAGGUCUGUCAAGAGCAGAAUAACCAGUGAGAUUUGUGAACAAUUUUGUGUGGAAAAAAUAUUACUUACUUGCAGGAUUGGAAAAAAAAACAAAAAAUUUGUAAAAUCCAAAUAAACAAAUGAUUGCCUAAAUGUUGCUGUUGUUUUCUAUUAAUAUAUUUUAUUGUAGCUACAUCCCUGACAUCUCCAUGUGGGACUAAGGGAGUUAUUUGUUAUGUACUUAUUUAUCUAUUUUUUGAACAGGAUGAGAACAAGACACAACAAAUCGAAGAGCAAAAUUUAACAAAGGUAAUAUCUGAAAAGUUCUCCAUUAUUAAGUUUCUUCAUUGCUUCUUAUUGUAUUGAGCAGAAACAUGUUAAUAUCAGCUUCCAAUAUUUUUCGUUUACAGAAUGCUCUUUGUAAAAUUCAUCCUAAUGUCACAAUAGAUGCCACUUUGGUGAGUUCAUUAGUUUCUAUAAUUUUAUUUAUUUUUUAAAUUCCUUUAUUAAAGCAUUGUCUUCGAAAAAUAGUGCAGGUCCUCUUGGAUCCUGUUUAUUGCAGGAACAAGAGGAGCCCACAAUCCUAAUCGCCAGGCUGUUAAUACUUAUGCAUUGCAUGUAUGUAGCCAGCAUUCGUGUGGACUUCCACUAAGAAUGAGUUGAAUGCAUUGAACGCAAUUUGAUGAUACGCAUUUGGACCUUCUGUUGUUCGUAAUCUGAUCACACUUGUUUUGACUAUCUAUCACAUGAAACUUUCGCAAAGCAUGGCGACGUUUGAUCAUUGUCGCCCACACUCUGUAACCAUUGGUUAUUAGUAGUUAUAAUAAUGGAAAGCCUAAAGUGUGCCAGAGGUGUUUCCUCAAUAAUAAUAAUAAUAAUAAUAAUAAUAAUAAUAAUAAAGGAGAUUGUCUUUCUUGCCUGAACAGAUACAUGUAUUUUAAGAACAAUAAUUUAUGAGUUCUUAAUGUUGAUUUUUUUAGCCAUAUAAGAGCUGGCUUGAAGAGUUUGAGAAACAAGCAUCAGAAGCUUCCAGUGAUUCCAAAGAGGUUAUUAUUGUUAUUCUUCUCUACCUUGUGUCCAGUUUGUUUUCACAGAUUAUGACAUUUAGUUCCAUCUACUAAUUAAUAAUCUGAAACCUAAAGUAGAAAUCUUUUUUGGGAACUGGGAUAUGGGGUCUGUUAGACGGGGGCGUGGGCACGGUCUGCACACUGCAGUGUGCGAUCUUCAUUCUGCAGUCAGCAAAACAUGUCAUACACUGCUGUGAAAAUCACUUUAUGGCCUGAACCAUGCUGGAUUCAUGCUAUUUAAGGCUACAAAUUUUUGUUUAAGUUACUGAAAAGAAAUCAAAGUAUAGAAGUGCAGUUAUUAAACAUUAUAAUGAUAUUAUUUCUCAUUUCUCAGCUGGAAGAACUCAAUGCAAGAUUUGAGGAAGUUCAGGCACAGAAAGACAACUUGACUGCAGAAUGUGCACACUACAAAGUCACACUCCAAGAAACAGUUAGUACAGAUCCAAACUUUAUUAUCCUCCUUGGCUUUCCAUAUUGUAAUUUCUUCAAAGAGGAAAAGGGAAUUCAUAAAGAGGGGGAGGUGCAAGGCUUUUAGGUUAUACAGUUUCGCGUUUCUUAGUUCUGCAGAAAUUCUUAUUUAAACCUACCGGUACAUUAUUGUGGUUUACAAGGCCAAGGGUAGAGCUUUUGGUAAAAUAAUGCAGCAUUGCCAGCUUUUAACACUUUUGUGCACGUCUGUGCACUUUUCUUACCCCAAUGACACCCCUUUCUCUUUGGGAGGUGGGAAUGUUUGUCUAAGAAAUGUUCAGAUUGAUGGACAGAUUUGUAUGAACAAAAUAGUGUACAUCCAAAGUGCUCCACUGUUAGCCUGUGUUGCAGGCACUCCUUUUUUAGGUUAAAGGAAGAAAGAAGAUAAUUACCAGCGCCCGCUAUGCAGGCUAUUCUUUUAUUAAAACCUCGUAUUAACAUGAAGGUUAUUUCUAACUUGCACAAACUUUUUUAACUAUUACAGUGACAACUGUUACAACUAUUUCAGAGCCCUGGAUCUUAUAUAUUUAAAAUAUAUAAUUUUUGAAUGUUUCUUCGCGUGCAACCCAAGAGGAAACAUUGACAGCUAAAUAUAAUGGCGUUUUGCCCAGAACACCCCAAGUGAGACCAAAAUCCGAAAUUUACACCCCUAAGCAAGAUGAGAAAAAGAAGAAACACACUAACUCACUAAUUUAAUGACUGUUUCAGGAAACUUUACUUAGAAAACUGGAAGACAAUGUUGAGUCAGAAAUGGACAACUGGCAAAAAAUCGUGGAAAGAACUCAAAGAGAACUGAAAGAGGUAUGACUGUACACAAUAAUCAUGCAUUACUGUAGCUAACAUCUUAUUUUGAGGAAUAAGCCAGCCAGCCAGACAAAUCCCUUGGUUGGACAGACAAGCUGCUUUAGAAUAACUGUAUGUACAAUAAGUUUUAUGCAUGCACUUUUUUUAAAUAGGUGUAUUCUAUUUACAAACAGAUUGAUUCAGCCAGUCAAUUCUGAGCAAUAAUAAGGCACCUUAAAACGCUUAAAAGAUGUUUCAGCUUCAGGUGGUUGCUACUAAUGGCUAUAUAGGGUAUUGAUCAACUGGAUGUCAUUUCGGAUUAUUAUAUAUUUCUGGGAAACUGCCCACCUACCCCUCCCCUAAGCCAACAUUACCACUUACUUUUCACUUAGGGCAAAAUGUUGGCUUAGGGGAGGGGUAGGUGUGCAGUUUUCCAGAAACGUAUUAUGACCCCGUCAUUUCUGAUGUAUCUAGGUUUACAAAAGCAGAUGCUGAGGCUAAGCAAGUGCUUGUUGGGAAUGUGCUGUUAAAAACAGAUAAAUAUGGUUAAGACUUCUUAAGUUACUCCUUGUGCAUGCAAAUUUUAUUUUAGAUUAUUUCUUUGAAGUGCAUUAUUAUGCCAUCCUGUUCCAGUACCGAAAGUUGUCAUGGUACAAGUUGCAAAAAAAAAUGACGCCUGUAUUUCUCAGCUUAAACUGAAUUUGAAUUUGCUUUUUAGGCCAAUGAUAGAAUAUCUUCUUUGGAGGAGGAUCUUCAAAAGGCAAAAGGCUCAGCAGCUUCACAGUCAGAGAUGGUGGCAUCUUUAGAGGAGCGUCUUGAACAAGCUAAAGCUGCUGAAAAUGAGGCAAAGGAGAGGUUUACUGAAUUACAGGAACAGCUUAAAAAGUCAACUGUAUCAGAAGAAGAUGCAAAUAAAAUUAAAGAACUUGAAAAAGAACUUGAAGUUCUUAGAGCGCAAAAGAAGGAACUUGCCGAGACAAAAUCAAAAUUAGAAUUAACAGAAAAAGACAUGCUAACGUGUAAAAAACAAUUAGAAAAUGCAGCUAAAGAAUUAGCUGACCGUGACAGUGAAUUGGCGGCAUCUACAACUGAACUUGCUAAAGUACAAGGAGCGGAGGAAGAACUGAAGAAAAAGGUGGCGUCAUUAGAGGAAGCUCUCACAAAGGCCAACAAUGACUUGGGAAAGUCACAGGUUUGUGGUCAAGAAUAUAAGAAUUAUAAGAAUUUAAUGCACGAACUUGAAAGUUGGAAAUCGUUUCUUUUGAUGCAGUAUCAGAAGUUACAAUCUCAUGUCCCCAUGAUAAAUAUCGACUCGUUUAAGAUAGAAAUUGGUGACCAGUUUAAUGAGCAUAAAUUGAAUUAUCAUUUCCCAAAGGUCGCUGUGGUAGAAAGCCCUGGAGUUUAAAUUAACUAUGCGUGGCUAUAAAAGUCAUUUUAUCUUACCAUAGUUUGUAACUUCUGAGUAAUUGAGUUUUAAUCAGUAAUUUUGUUAAUAGUUGUUUCUUAUCAGUAAAUUUUGAUCUUUUUUAACAUUCUGUAUGGUGAAUAACGUUAAAAAGUCUUAAAGAUACAGUUAAUCAUCGCAGUGCUUCACAAGAAAACGUAUUGCAUGAAUUGGCUUUUCAAUUAAUCUUAUUCAUCUUAGAUUAAUGUAAGUUAAUAAUAGUAAUAAUAAUAAAAACAAUAAUAACAAUUCCUAUUAUUAUUUCUGUCGAUGAUGGUAAUAAUGUAAUAACAUAUUUGUACAUGAUUACUGCUUUAGUUUAACAUAAACUUCUACCAAUGCAGGUCCUGUAAGAUUAAUUGUUGUUAAGUUAAAAGUGAGAUUUGUAUACCUCUAGAAAAUGUAGUUUAUUGAAGCAUUAAAUAGAACCUAACUGUUAAAAAUAAACUCCAUGUAGGAGUCACUUGACAGUUUAAAUAAUAGUCCUGACAAGAAGAAGAAGGGCCUCAAAGGUGCAUUCACUAAAGUUAUGUCUAAGGUUUGUAACUCUAGUUGUAAGUUCAUAUUUAAAAAAAUAUUUUACUUACUAUAAAUAAUUCUUGACUAAACUGGCAAUGUUGUAAUACAAUAAUUGUAACUAUAACUUUAAUCAGUUUGCUCAAUAAUUUGGGACAAAAAUAAUUGCUGUUGCAUGCAAAAGUUAUAAACUAUUACCAUUCUUUAAUUUACUAACUUAUAAACUCAUUUAUUUGUUUGAAUGCUAAGCUAAAAGGCUGACAUGGUUAUUGAAUGUUGUUUAUAAACAGUUAGUUUUUAGAGUUGAGUGUGAUUGUCCAGUUGAGUGUAGUCCUGGAAUAAGACUGCUGAGGACAGUGACCCAACAUGUGAAUGAACAGAAGUCUAUGUCCAGUACUGAAAAAUUCAUUAUUUUAAUAAGCCCUGGUGUGGUUUUUCCUGCUUUGAUCUGGAUUUAUUGGCGAGAAAGUUCAAGCAACGACGAUCGUAACGGCAGCAUAAACGCCACCCAAAAAGUGAAUUCGCGCUGUUUCAAACUCCAUUAUUCUUAUUGCAGCUCCUUGAAUUUUUCAAAUGUUGGCGAUUUUUCGAGAGUUGAAUCCUAAAGGCUUGUAUCUAAGUUCACAAAAACAAAAAGAAAAUCGUUGUCUUGUGUCCUCGUCCUCCAUAAAACGUGAAAUUAGGACGUUUCACGUCGUAGUCGUGCACUGACGGCAAAGUUGUUGUUUUGCUAAUCUAAAACUAUCGCUUUUUUGCCGUUCUCGCGGACGUCGCCGUCGUCAUUGCUAAAGCUCCAUAUUGAUGGGGAGGGAGGGGAGGGUCUAUUAGGUGAAAUAACGGAACCACAACUACAAGACCAGUAGAUGGCUGCUGAUUAAACCGCCAGACAACCAACCAGUAAUUAAGUACGUCAAAUUUGAAGAGACAAACGGGCCAUAAAGUAUGACAAAGGUUACUAUUUGAAUUAAGCUGAGAGCCUAUAAAGGAAGGUGUGUAUUUGUUUAUAAUUUUAGACUUUAAAUUAUUUGAACAAAUGAUUUCAUUGCAGAAAGAAAAAGAGAAAGAUGACAAACAACUUGAAGAGGUGAGUUGGCAUGGAUUUGUUGUUGUUCUUGUUGUGUUGUAUCAUUCAUUGGUUAGAGAACUCAUUAUUUUUGCAGAAAAACUAAUUUUUUUAUCAUACUGAAAUUUUUUUUGUCUUUAUCCAGGCUCAACGCAAGAUCUCACAACAGCAAACUGAGAUAGAUGUAAGUUCAUUGAUGUACGCUUCUUUUUGUGUAAAGUGUUAAACGACACCUUAGACGAUGCAAAAUUUGUUGUUUCCACAGGAUCUUAGAAAUGCCAGAGAGAAACUUGAGAAGCAAAACAAAGCCUUGGAAGUUGAAUAUACAGAAUUGAAGAGAAGAUCUGUUUCUAUAGAAGCUGUAAGUAUCGAUACUCAAUUAAGCGAUUAACAUUCAACUUGUCCUGAUAAUGUCAAUACAUUGCCCAGCAGAAAGGUGCUGAAAAUAGGCAAACGAAUCAGGAUGUUAUCUUGAUAUAAUCCUAAAUUCUCUCAAGUGAUGUAUAUGAAAUGUGUAGCAACCAGAAAGGAGAUUCUAUAUUUGUUAUGCAUUUAACUCAACGUACUCAAUCAAGUUUAUUUAUUUAUUUUCUGCUCGCUUUUUAGGAGAUGACAAAGUCACAGCAGAUAGAGAAAGACUUGGUAGAAGCCAUGAGUGAUGUAAGUCAGUUUUUGCUCUACAUGAUUAGACGUUUCCCGUAAGAUCGUCUCUAUCGAGCGCUUACUAUUCGCCACUGUAGGGACCUGGGCCGAAAUGCAUCCUGCAAUUGUUUCAGAGAUCGUUACUAGGGAUGCGCGGCAACAUUCCCAGAAGGCUUUGCGAAAGUUAACUCGGUCCAGUUUCCUCGUUUCUCGGGCAUUCCUCUCGGUUUCACAUUUACCAGGAGGAAGGACGUCGGAACAUGAAAAUAAGCACCUCCUUCCCCUCCCUGACGCUAUACGCCCACACGUUCCGCCUCUGCUAAAUCUGAGCCCGAGAUGGCUGCUCACCUCGUUAGAAAGCGGUCAGUUGCGAUGAUCUGGAAAAUACGGGUCUAUUAUAGAAGAACGGAUUUUAAUUGUUAUAAAAUGUUUGAAAAGUUUGCAUAUAAGUACCCUCUGUAUUUCAUACUAUUUUAUGUAGUAUAGAUUGAUGUUUGUGAGUUAAGCAAAGUGUCUUCUCCCUCAGGCCCAAUCUCCAAUCCCUCUUGAGCCCCACCAAACAGGAGCUCUGCACAGAUUAGAAAAGUGAUCGUAACUAAUAUAUAAAUACAAUAAGUACUGCUGAUAGAUUUUUCAGUAAAAUUUACAAUAACAAAAUAAAAUAUAAAGGUUGAGAAAAAUUACUUCGCCGUUGUUCUAGACUUAUGACAACCAAAGAGUAACUUUAAUAUUGAGAUAUGAAUCUAAAAAAACCCUGUUAGAUCGCACGAGGGUUAAUAAAAGUAACUUUUAAAAAUCCCUAAUUUAAGUGAGGGACUAGAAAAUAACUUAAGAGCUGAUGAAGUGAAUUUGUCUGCUUUGUCAAACUGUUUUCCUUGAGCGGUAUCUUCUGUUUAUUUUUCUAAAACAAAAAUAUGUUUCUAUGGUGAAAGCCUGAAAUAACUAUGAUAAUGCACGCCUUCUGAGUAAACCUAUUGUUAAUAGCACUGGUAAACGUACAGAAAAAUAAAAAAAAUAUCUUUGCGUAAAUUAUUUUAUAAGGGCAAAAAAAAUUAAAUUCGGUUGGUUUAUUGAAUAGCCACCUACCUCAUAACCUUUUUCAAUCACUAACCUGUACCAAUGCUCAAUAUGAACUUGAAAAUAGCUGUGUCUAGAUGUGUUAAGAGUCAAAAUUCCUUUAGAUGGGUUAAAUUAUGAGUAAAUUAAAUCGUAAUAAUGCAUACGUCAAAUUGCUUUCAUGUUUAACAGACUGCGUUAAGCCCCGUCAAGCCCCGCGUUCUCCCCAGUGAACGGAAAGUAAGUAAAGCAAGCCAUGUCCAACACUCCAUCGGAUGUGAAACAAACAGCCGCCUUUCUUACUGAUAUGGCCGGUAGCCUGAGAAAACAGUCGACAUUUUGCAGCGCCGCCACUGGUUUCACCGUCAAACGAAACGUCUGAGAAACAAGCGCAGUAAUUCUAUUCUUGGUUUGCAGCCACGUGACAAGGUGGUCAUGGUGGUUCUCAAAACAGUACAGUCAGACAACGUUAAUACAGACACUGAGGGGGUUAUAGAAAGUGUCCGUAAAUGUAAAGGCUUUCUUUUCCUGGGAACAAAGAAAACUGUCCGUAAUGAUGAGGUGUCCGUUUUAACCCUUUAAACCCUAACAUCAAAAUUCAAAUUCUCAUUUGUUAUCCCUAUACGUUUUCAAUAGAAGAAGUGGGGAGAAUUUGUUGAAGUAUCAAUUAGAUUCAUCUUGUGUGAUCAUGUCCUUAAUUCUCAUGACUUUCUGUUUUUUGCAUUGAUAUUACAAGGAGAAAUUUGGUAUUUGAUCUUAAUCUGAAAUACUUAAAGGGUUUGUGAAAAUGUCCGUAAAACGGGGUAUUUGUUGGGUUUUCCCCCACCAAUUUGCACGAAAAAGAAGUUUAAUUCCCAUCGGAGGGAAAAAGUUUUGUUCUUUUGAACCAAAAUGGCCGCCGUGACGUCAGUCGCUAACCGGCGAUACUGGUGACGCAACACUACCCAGAUUUGGGCGGUGCUUCUGCUUUUGAUUGGUUGAAGCAAAUUUCCCCCACGGAAUGACGAAUCAGAAACACUACCCAGGUCUGGGUAGUGAUGGAAUUCCUGCGCUCGUUUCUCAGGCGGCAUUUCGCAGGAAACCAGUGGUAGCGUCGUGAAAUGUCGGUUGUUUUUUAGGCUACUCAUAUGGUAAAAUAUGGUGUAUGGGCCUCUUGGAAAUCAGGAGUGUUCUGGUCCCUUUCUUACAGCUCAGUAAUUAUUCCCACCUUGUGUAUUGUUUGUUCAGAUUACGUGUCAAUUCGCAAACCUCUUUGGUUCUCUGCUACGCGAUGUGUGGUUUUAGAUAACAAACCAUAACGCUUAAACAUUUAAUGCGGAACGUUAUAGGUAGGAAAAAAUACACGACCAGAUCUCUCUCCUUAAGGGAAACUCGAUAUCGUUUAUUACAGUAUUAGGCGAGUUUACCAAAGCGAUGCGUGAAUUGACCAGUAAUCGUUUAAUCUUUAAAAAAGAUGUUUCAAGGUUAUAACCUCUCGAAAAGAGCUUUGUUUGUGUUUCGUUGCUGACCAAGACCCGCCGCACAAGAGAAUAAAAGACCUCUGGUACCCAGAGUAACACGUUGGCUUUGACAUGCUCUGUCCAAUGCAGUAUUCACCUCACUGAAGUGUAGGUCGCCCGUACAGUAACUUGUACUUUAUGCAUUUCGAACUCUUUCUUCCAGGCCGAAUUUCAUGGAACAUUAACGCCAGCUGAUAAUUUUGAUCCUGGAAAAGACGCUGAGGCACUGAGAAAAGCCAUGGCAGGAUCUGGUGAGGAAAAAUAAACAAUUGUUGGAUUAGGUUUUUGUGAUAUCCGGAAUAAUCAAGGUCGCCUAGUAAGUGUCAUCGGCCGAAGCUGAUAACUCUCAUCGAGAUUUGAGAUGUAGUUUACUUAACUUUAAUUCCUCUUUUUUUCAACCCACAGGUAGUGACAAAGAUGCUAUUGUGGCAGUUCUUGGAGCCCGCACAAAUAAACAGCGCCAGGAAAUCGCUGCUAAAUAUCAACAAAAAUAUGGCAAGGUAACGGUGCUUCCUCUUGCAAUUUUGUACACAGAUCAUCAAAAUGAUUAGUCUAUGAACACGUAGCCCGCGUUUCAGACGUUAUUUAACCCAAGCUAGUUAAGUCUGCAAAGCAACACCGAUAUCCUUCUUCCGGGCCCUCAGCGGACUCAACGAAUUAACGGAAGUGCGUUUCGUACUUUCUUUCUUUUAUCCUGAUUGGCAAAUCAUGGGAGCCAGAUCAAAAAAGUGAGGAUUUCUGCGCUGUUUCGCAGACGGACUUAACCAGAGUUUAGUUUCGUCUGUGACGCAGGCUAAUUAACACGUUGAGACGAAUUUAUUUGCAUAACUUGCUUACUUAACCGCCGCCUGGUUAGCUCAGUCGGAAGAGCGCCGGUCUGCUGAGCGGGAGGUCACGGGUUCGAACCCCAGCCAGACCAACACUCAGGGUCUUUAAAUUACUGAGAAGAAAAUGCUGCCUUUGUAAUGACAUCUGCAAAGGUUAGACUUUCUAGUCUUCUCGGAUAAGGACGAAAAACCGUAGGUCCCGUCCCACAACACUCACACUUAUCUGGUUCUUGUGGGACGUAAAAGGACCCACACCACUGUUCGAAAAGUGUAGGGGACGGUGGUUGUGGUCAACCUUCACACACCACAUCGUUCACAUCAUGGGUUGGGUGGAUACAGUAAGCUCAUAAAUGGAUUGAGAGCGGCUGCCAGUGGCGCCUUUGUAUGCUGACGUCAGAGCUUACUGUUCACAUGUUAAAAUGUAUUGUAAGAGGGCACGUUUGUUAUCCUCUCAUCCACGACUCUUCAUUCAUUCAUUUCACUAAUCUGUUCUGUAGAACCUGACUGAUGACCUCAAAUCUGAGCUGAGUGGAAAGUUUGAAGAUGCCAUUGUUAGUAUGCUGCUUGUGCCAGAAUCUCACGAUGCUAUUGCCCUUCACGAUGCGAUGUCGGUAGGUUUUUGUUAGAAAAUGAUGAUAUUGAUUUACUAAUUUACUCUGUGUUGUAAUCAAAAGAGGUGCAUUUUAAUUUCUCAGUAUAUAAUAAGUUUCCCAGGAAGUGGCCACUUAAAAGCGUUGAGGGGACUAGUGCUGAAUUGUGUCCCUCAAUAUGCCAUUUUACAGUCGUGGGCUUGGUGUGCUAGCCUUUGAGUCAACGUGAGGCUGAGGUUGACCUUGUUUUGAUACAAACCUCCUUCCUUCUCUACUGUGAAUUUUGCUUAAAAAUACUGGUUAACUUAACAGCAACAUGAUUCACAUAAUAAAGCAAGAAGGGUUAUAUCAAAACAAGGUCAACUCCAGCCUCGUUUAAAACCCUAACUGUAAAAUGGGCUAUUGUUUCUGGAAUCGUUACUGGGGACGUAUCGUUCAGCUAUUAUAGAGUUUAAGCUUCACGUACACGGCAAACGACAAACGUCAGAUUCAAGUUGAGAAUUUCUCAAAAUAUAAAAUGAGCAGAUAGAAACAGCUCAAAUAAUGAACAGUAAACGACAAAUGAAGGGGAAACUUGGUCACGUGGUACAAGUUAACGUUUGCCGUUUGACGUAAACGUGAUGCCUAACCUCUCAAAUACCCCACUUGCACAUCUCCCAUAAUGAACCUAUACCCCCCCCCAAAAAAAAAAACUUUGCACAACCUUUGUUUUUCAUUUCUCCUGGGUAUUACAGCCGUCCCAAGAGAAAUUUGAAACAAUGCUUUUGCAAAUUUUGGGGGGCAAAUGAGGUGCAUUAUGGGAGAUGUGCAAGUAGCGUAUGGCCAAUACACUUUUUUCGCUGUCCCCAGUAACAGUCCCAGAAGCCUUUGCGAAAGUAAACUCGACCCAGUUUCCUCGUGGUGGCGAAUGUAACCUAAACAGUUAGAAAAACGGGUUACCACUUAUAACAAACUAUAACAGCUUGUGCUCUCUUAGUGUGUACACAGACCUUAAUUUUGAGAUUUUAUGUUUGAAAAUUCCAUUUUAUUUUGCUUAUUUAUUUUCUUGAUUUUGCCAAAUUUUUCAGGGAAUUGGAACUGAUGAGCAAGUUUUGGUAGAGAUUUUAAGUUCACGCAGUACUAAGGUGAGUUUUGGUCCUUGUCAACUGAAACAAAAAAUUGUGAUGAACCUUGUACAUGUGUCGUCACCGUUCACUUCAGGGAAGGACGAAGUAAAAUUCUUGAAUAUUGGGAAAAAAACACGUCUUGAAAAGAUUAUUUUGAAUGACUUUCAUUAAAACACGUUUAUGAUUGAGUGUACAGUUACAAGAGAGCGAGAUUCUUCUUGAGUUUUGUUCUUUAGCUUUCAUUUGGAUAGAAGGGAAUCGAUCGUGGAACUGUUGAGUACUGCACGAUAUCUUAGACCUAAAGACUGGCAUGUUGGCUUCAUUGGAGAAAAUUUUGCAAACUUGAGCGAUGUGAACGCUGCGGUCGUUGCGGUUACUGGGAUCGCGGAAAAAAAAAAACAGUUCAGCGAUCUCUACGUUUAUUUGAAAACAACUUUUUAACAAUCCCUCUAACAACUAUCUCUGAUAGGCUUCACUUGUAUUAUAUUAGGUUGGUUUCUAGAUAGAUCGCUAAGAUAUUUCAGAUCGCUGGACAUUUUCAGCGGUCUUGUCGAUCAUAGAGAAACCAGGCUUAAUAGGCUUGUUAUACUCUUUCUAGGAAAUCGAGGCCAUAAAAUCUGCUUACACACAAAGUAAGUUAUUUCGUCAACCUUUUCUUCAGUGUUCUGUCGUUGACAGUUGUUGAACACCCAUUUUGUUUGUUUGUAAACACUAAAGUUGUCAUUCCUGUUUAGUUUAUAGUGGCAAGGAUGUUGCUAAAAAGCUCAAAGAAGACACUGGUGGCGACUUCCGAACCGUCCUAAUGACUUUGUUAGAGGUAAAUAUUUCCAUGGUUUUUGUUAAAAAGGGCGCAGGAAAGUUUACACAUGCGAUGAGCGUUACGCUUAUUAUGUUCUGUGGGGCAGGCGUAAAAAGACAACUGACGGAUCCGGGAGGGGAUGAAGGUGACAAAAGCGAGGGGGGAAACUCGAAGGUUAAGUGACUUGUUGCCUAGUGAGAAGACCGUUCCGUCUAGCACGGAUUCCUUUUCCCUUUUUGCUUCGCAUUUUCCACUUACUCUGUUACUCCAGUCCUAGCAGUAUGCAGGAUGUUUGUCAUAGAAAACUAGUUUAGUGGUCAUAGCUCCCAAAAGUCUCUUGUAGCUUUGUGGUAAGGCAUCAGCUGGACUGGUAUAAAGCAGAACUGAGGACAUAGGUUCGACUCCUGUUGGAAGUACUCAGAAUUUUUUGUUCCGAGCCGCCUGUGUCAAUGACUUGAAAAGAGGCAUCUUUGUCGUGUAUUCAACAGGCUUAAUAUUCACUUUCACCUUCCUAUCGUUGUGCAUAGGCACAUAGCAGAAUUCCAGUCCAAGCAGUAUGCAGGAUGUUUGUGACAUGAACCUAGUUUAGUGGCCUUAGCUCCCUCAGUCUCCUGUUGCUAAGUGUUAGAGCACCUAGACAAAUAACCAGAAGGUCAUAGGUUGGACGCCCGUUGGCAGUAUUCACAUUUUUGUCUUUCGAGCCGCCUGUGUCACUGAUUGAAAAAUCAUCUUUCUUGUUUAUUCACCAGGCUUAAAUGUCAUCUUUCUUAUACUCUGUUGUUGUUUCACAGAAAAAACCGGACAGUUCAGGGGUGAACACAGACCUCGCGACUGAUGACGCCAAGAAACUUUUUGAGGUUAAUAUUUUUUUUUACGAUAAUGAUUGACGGCCUUUAUGGGCAGCGGUGUAGCAUCAAAAAAAAGGUAGACUGGUUUUAUCGAGAAAACAUGGGCCUGCUUUUGCAAGUUGGGCAGCUGAGCGUUUAUGCUUAGGGCUGAAAAUGCGCGCAAAGAAUGAUUUUACAGGCGUUAUUUUGGAAAAAGUCUCUGCUCAUGUCAUGUAUGCACCCUCGUGCGCUUGACCAACAUUGUUAGCGGGAUAUCCUGUUAAAACUUACCCGGCAAUGUUGGCAUUUUCCUGAUGUUGCAGAUGCUGCGAUCAGCAGAUGACACAAUCCAAGAAAUUGAAAAAGUGCUGAGUAAUUCCGUAAUCUCAACACAAUAGCUACAUCACCAAUAGUUUACCCAACACCACAAAACAGCACGAUGUCUGAGGCCUCUCCUCACUCAAUUCUUGGUUUGUAGCCGUUAAAUGUAGGUCGCGAUCCAUUCAACCAAAAUUCCGACCGGAAAAAGUGGUCCACCUCAAAAGGUAGACCAGUUUUUUCGAAACUUUUCCGGUUGGACCGAACCGAUCCAUUGAGUUUUGGACCGAAAUUUCCGGAAAUUUUGGUUGAAUGGAUCGCGCCCAUUCUUUACCCUCUACCCAACAUGAAGGUGAUGCUCGAUGUACCAAGUCAAUAUAAGCACUACUGUGUCGUUGUAUUUUUUAUUAGGUUAUUGUGUUAGGGCUAGGGAUCAUUAUUGCGUUCUUUGUGACGUCACUCGAGACUUGCUAUUCACUUGUCAUAUCGUGUACCAGCCCAACAUGGGCGUUUGUUGGACCGAUUUAUUCGUUUAUAUAUUAAUUGUGUUGUACUUCAGGCUGGAGAAGGGAAAAAAGGAACCGAUAAAGCAGUAUUUGUGGAAAUUUUCACAACGCGAAACUACCAGCAGCUACAAGCCACCUUUGACGCUUACAAAAAUGUAAGUAUUUGAAUGCAGCUUCUUUUCCAAUCAGAGACUCGUCUUGGGGUUUCCUUUCGCUAUAUGUUGAUUUAGUUAAAUCUCGAGACACUCGUGUCUUACAUUACUUGACUGAUGGCUCUUGAUUGGCGACUUGAAGUGGAAACAGUGAAGUUUGUUUAUUGACAGCGGUCAGCUUUACACCACAAGUUUUAAAACUAGUUGUAAUAGAUGAAGUACUGACAUGUUGUGAGAUGGCUUUAAAGUAGUGACGCCGGGCUUUCGAAUCUUCCUAGUUUUUUUGAGACUUGGUAUUUGGCAGAUUCAAUAGACAUUCAAAACUUGAAUGUUUUGUCUUCCUAAUUCAGACCACGUGAUGUUCUCCAGGGAUUUUCAUAAAUUAUGCAUACAUGUGCAUGUGGAUACACGGGCAUAAGAUGACAUUUAAACGAAACAGUUUUCUGGGGUACAAUCACAUGGUUUGAAAUGGGGGAACAAAACAUAUGAACUAAAAAGGUGUAUUUCUAAUGAUCUUAGCAUGUUUCGGAAGUAUUACAACUAAAGUAAUGUUGCAUCUUUUUUACGCUUCACAGCUCGCCAAAAAAGAUAUUCUAGACUACAUCACUGAUCAAAUAAAGGGUGACUUAGGAAGCGCUUUGAGGGCGAUAGGUAAGGAUGCACCAUAACCUAUAAUCAUGGACAAAAGCUACACGCAUACACAACCCCUCCCCCAUCCCACAUACAAACCGUGUAUCCACCGUGUUUUGUUUUUCAACAAGGUAUUGGGGCGGAGACUAAGGGGGGUGGGGACUGCAGGGUGAAGGCAUCCUGAAAUGUUUGUAGUUUUGUUAACAGUUUGUAGAGUUUUUUUUAGCUUCCUAAACUGUUAGACUGGUUGUUAACUAUUUAGCAGUCCCUUUUUAGUAAACCGAGAAGAGAAGUAGUCGUGGCGACGUUGAGACAGACCCCGUUUUCUUUGUUCGCUCGCGUUUAAUAUGCUUGCGACAAUCCCGAUAGCCUGCGAAAACAGCCGUCGGUCCUCGUUGCUUCGCCAGGAGGGACGUCUGCGCCUCAGCGGCAGAAAUUCUAUACUGAUGACGUAAAAUCUAUCCGGGAAGUUAUCAGGAACACUGAUUGGCCGACGUUGUAGAUAUAUUGUUUUAGCUAUUGUUUACGAAUGACCGACAAAAGACAAACGGUCACAAAGGUCAAAUGUAAACGCGGUGAAUCUACUAGAAGACAGUCAAUAUUCGUGGAAUAUAUUCGUCACUAGAAGAAGCGUCCAAGUUUUGCUGGAGCUCGUUCGCAGUAGAACACAAAACUUUGCCAUAAUCGACCAGGAGAAACAUAACAUCGAACAAAUUGCAUUUGAAACCUCAUGAUUACCGGAUAAAUUAUGUAAACUUUCACUUACGUCAUCAGUAUGGAAUUUCUCUCGCUGAGGCGCAGACGACCCUUCUGGUGAAACGUCCCCAGCGUCGCGAAGCGACGAGAGACGGCUGUUUUCUCAGGGUACAAUUCCUAGAGCUUACUAACAGCUUAUGCAAACUUGUGUCGUUGGCUAUGUCCUGGUUUGCGCUUAUGACUGGGUCGGCGCAUGCGCAGUUGUAUGUGUCUAAUUGCACUAUAAGGCUGUUUUGAGGACGAAUUUUAGCCCAGAUAGAGUGAAGACGUGUGACGUCAGGUUACCAUGGUAACAAGUUUUCUGGAUCUCAACAGUCCUUCUUGACAUUGACGGCUAAUUGCAUUGUCGCCCGCUCGCUCGCUCGCGCGCGCGGUUCACUUCGCUCGCCAGUCGAGGUGGAGAGCUUGCUCGCUGGCUAGGAAAUUUGUCCUUUUACUUUCAAAGCCAACGACAGGUGGAGCUUAAGUGUAAACAUUACAGAGUGUUCUAAAAUAGCUAAAACCUCGCUGUGCAAGCAGAUCCCAAUUUUUUAGAACGCUUACCCAGAGUGCCAGAGGUUUUCUUCUUUCCUAAUUCCGAGAGCUUUAUCAUACCGUGCGCACAGGUAUUUCGAGAACAGACCUCUGGAGCCAACCUCUGUAGUUGAAAUAUUGCCCAGUUGUUACUUCUGUAUCCUUCUAGCCUCAAAUUAUUCCAGGACUUAAACAAUACGACCGACAGUGCUGCAUGGUUCCUUCUCUUUUAUCCCCUAAAGCUAACAAUACAUGUUGAUGAUUUCUUGAUUAUUUUCAGUUCGCUGUGCGCAAAGCCCUCCUUUGUACUUUGCUGAGUUGUUGGAGAAGGCGCUAGACAAAUCGAACAGUAAAACUGUAACUCGCGUUAUGGUGACAAGAGCAGAGGUUAGUGACAAUCCCUCCAUGCUACGCAGGCUAUGUAAUGACGGAAACGAAAUGUACCAAAAUGUGUAAUGAACGUGCAAGGUUGUUGCUUUGAGUUCCUUGCCCAACCUAUUGUUUUUUGUUUGUUGGUUGGUUUGUUUUGACGUUCUUGUUGCCGUCGCUUUCGUGGCUGCUAAAUAUCGGUUCAAAAAGAACAGAGGGCCUAGACUCUAUUCAUACACUUUUUGUCUGGUGAAGCUAAGGAAAUUAUUGUAACGAUACACUUUCAGGUCGACCUGGCUCAGAUCCGGACAGAGUUCGAGAAGAAGACAGGACAGUCACUUAAAGAUGUCGUCGUGAAGAAAAUGAAAGGAGAUCUAGAAAAACUACUAUUACAGCUUUUAGGCAACUGA